AUACAAAAUGGCUUGUACAGAUCGGACUUCGUACAAAUUCAUUGUACGAAGCUCGACUCCGUACAAUAUCGGGCUUGGGACGUAACAGAUAUAAUUGCACAGCUUUUGCUUAUGGACAAACAGGAACUGGAAAAACUUUCACCAUGAUGGGGGAGAAAUGUAAUCUUGUGAGUAACUGGAAACAGGAUCCCGAUGCUGGGUUGAUACCAAGAGCAGCAUUUCACAUUUUUGAUGAACUUAGUAAAUUAUCAAAUACAGAUAUAAAUGUUAAAGUGGCAUUCAUUGAAUUAUAUCAUGAGAAAAUUAGAGAUUUGUUAAGUGACGAUGAAAAUACAUUACAGUAAGUCAAAUAUAUAGGGCUCCCAAAGGCUCAGUUUCCAUCCAAGGAUUGACAGAAAUUUCAGUACAUGGUGAUGAAGCUAUUUGUAAGUUAUUACAAAGAGGAAUUAUGAAAAGACAGAUAGUUCCUACACUAAAGAAUCAUCAAAGUUCCCGGUCACACUCAGUUUUUUUUUAUUGUUAUCAAUACCAGGGAAACUACAAUAUCAUGUGAUAAUAUCCUUAAAACUGGUAAAAUAAAUUUGGUGGACUUGGCCGGUAGUGAAAAUAUUGCUAGAUCUGACUGUAAGGACAUUAGGGCAAUGGAGCUGGCAAAUAUUAACAAUUGCGACAAGCCAUUCAGGUCUUUGCUGAAGGAGCAUAUUUUCCAAAAGGUUUGUUGUAUUCAGGAAAAUUGUUGUCAAAAUAUUAACUUGGUAACUGGCAAAUAUUUUUUGGCAUAUUGGUUAACCGAGGUCAAGUAUGAGUGGAUUUAAGUUAGUUUCAUUUUAUUUAAAAAUUAUUGAGUACUAAAAUGUGAGAGAUACUGAUUAUAAAUCCUUCUACUUCCACCUUCAUAACAACUAAUAAAAUAUGUUUUUUGUGAUUUUUCUAGUUCUACUUUUUCAAAUUACUCUCAAUAUUAUUUUACAUUGUAAAUUGUCUUAGAUCUCUUUUGACACUUGGUAGAGUUAUUCUAGCUUUAGUUGACAAAUCACAAAAACAUGUACCAUACAGAGAUUCGAAACUUGCAAUGCAAUAAUUAUUGUCUUUGUAUGUCCUCCAAGAUUCUUUAGGGGGAUAUACAAAGACAGUAAUUAUUGCGUCCAUUUCACCUGCCAGUAAUUCAUAUGAACUGACUGCUAGUACUUUAGAAUACGCUUGUAGAGCUAGAGAUAUAAAGAGUACCCCUACAGUUAAUGAAAAAAUGACAAAACAUGAAAACAUUGAUAGUUUAGUUGAAGAAAUUGACAGAUAAAGUAUUUCUCACUUUUUACUCAAUAUAUUGAACAUUCAAAAUAUCUUAUUGGGUUACAAAAAGAUUUAGAUGCAACUAGAUCAGGUACAGGAUUUUACGUUGAUAAGGAUAACUAUCAAAAGAUGUUGGAUGCAAUUAUAGCUGUAACUGGAGAAAAUAUUACAGCAGAAGAAUUAACUGAAAAGGAAGCAGAGAGAAUUAAACAGUUAGGUAUGUAUUUUUUAUUAAAUUUGAGUUUUUCAGAAGAUGAUUUAUUAGAAUUGAAUAAGGACUAAGUAUUUGUUUGUCUUUUGUAAACAGAUUUAAAGUAAGUGAAGGUGCUGAGUUUGGUUUUAAUCACUUUGAUUCAAAUUUUAUUACUAUAUCUCCUAGGUUGUUUUGUUGCAAACACUAAUUUCUGGAUCUUUCCUUUUCAUAAUUGUUAACAAAUCAUUUAUAUUUCAGAGGAUCGAUUGUAUUGCAAAGUCAGAGAAUUUGAAGAGACUGUUGUGCAAUGUAUGAAACAACGAGGGGAAUUAGAAGCUGCAAAAGCUACCAUAAAGGAACAGGAUGAGUACUUAGAAUAAGAGAAAUUUCUUUCAAAAUGGUACGAAAAUGAAACCAGUGAAAAACUUGAAGAAGCAAAAAAAAUUAUUGGCAGCUACAAAAAAAUUACAUAGUGAAAAAGAAAUCCUAUUAGCCAAAUUGGAACAUCAGUUCACAAUAAACGUUUCCAAAGAACAAAUAACACAGAAGGCGAUGCAAUAUUGUAUGCAACUUCCCAUUUUAUGUAAACAACAAGGAAACCAAGUGCCAGAAUUGUUAACUUAUUUGAAAGAUUUUGAUAAAAAGUUGAAAGAUGUUACUUCGGAUUUGGAAAACAAAUAUGAUGAGAUAACAGUACAUACUCUAGAAAAUUAUAAGAAAUGUAUUUUGAACACCUGCGAGGAUGUGGAUAAAACGUUGGUUGAAAAAGUUAAUGUAUUAUUAGAAAACAUUGAGAUCAUGAUGGGAAAAUCAGAAACAUUAGAUUCGUUCAGAAAUUUUAUUAGUAAAGUUAAGGAGGUCGUCAAAAUUAUUGCAAGUUACGUCAAUGAACAUUGUUUAUUAAGCUUUAUUGUAUAACGCCGACGAGGCACUUUGUAAAACAUAUAAAUAUUGUAAACCUGUAAUAAAUUCAGAUUCUGCUUUGUCAAUGUAUUGAAUAAACGUUUCUCGACGUG